UUCGGGCUCUGGGUCGGGAAGGUGGGAGCGAAAAUCACACGCAGUCGCAGCGUGCUGAGGGAUACGGCCUCGUUUGGUGGUUCCGUGGCGAAUCUCCGCGCAGAGCCCGCGUGUUCCGCGCGGCUCAGGCCGGCUCUAGGUGACAGCGGUCUCGCUUAGGGCAGAGCGGGUGCAGCAGCGCACAUGGGGCCACGCAGCUCCCGUCGCCCCUUCCCGGUGCUGCUGGUCUGUGGCAUACAGGUGGGAUGUAAGGACGGCCCUCCACGCUUAGCGGUGGCUUUUGCUUCAGCUGAGGAGAGGAAAAGGGGGAAAAAGGCAAAACGUCCAAAAGAUGCGUUCAUUUGGGUGCGGUGAGCUCGGCUGAGACGUGUGUCCCCGCUGUAUCUUCACAUGCAAUUGAUGUAAUCCAGCGCGAGGAGCAGUGUGUCAGGCAGCUGGUGCUUCGCGGUACUCGGGGCCUUGGGGCUGAUGGUGUUCAGUAAAAACAGAACUUCUGCUGCUUGCUAGAGCCAGUCCGGCUGCUUUGAAAUGACAGUUACCGUGUUAGCGGGGAAAGUGGCAGCCCAGGGAUUGUCUGGUGCUUUCCCCUCCCUCCCCACACCUCCCACCCUCCAUGUUGGCUCACUACCCUUCUUUUAAAACAUUGUGUUUGGUCACAUCUCCUUCUAGAGAUGAUUUUCUCAUCCUCCUUUAAUGACCUAGGAUUUCCCAGGCUUUCAGCGUGCCGUGUUGUUAGCUCCAAUGAACCUUUUCUCAAUGGCCUCUAUGAGAAAUGGUGUGAGGCCCGAAGUCCUGCCAGUUUGAAGCAAGAAUGUUGUUCAUGUGCCCAAAGCAUUGGGGUCAGUGGUGCGUUUUGAGUCUCCUAGGGCUAGAUGAGGUGAUGCGGUGUAUUUCUGAAAAUCAAAGAGGAAUGUCACGCUGGUAUGUCACUGAGUGUACAGAAGACACCUGUGUUUGGUUAAGGUGUAAUCUCAGUUUCGGUAAUAGCAGAAUGUUCUCUUGGAAUAUUUUUCGCAAACCUUAACAUCAGCUCAUUUUGGGGGAUGAGAAUUUCCUAGAUUGGUAGACGGAUAGAAACAUACUGCCUUGGUAUGACUUGGUGCAUCUGCUGGCCGGGUAUGCUUAGCAGAGAAGUUAAUGUCAGAUUAUAGAAGUGAGCGUGUGUCCUGUGGGCUGCUCAGCACGCAGCACCUGAGUGUACAUCUCUUGAACAUGGGGAAUUCCCCAUCCCAGGGUCCUGAGAACCACCCGUAGUGUGGGGCUGCGGGCUGUUCACGUAGUGCCAGUGGUACAGGUCGUGCUGAAUGCUGGAUAUAAAGCGUUGAGAUAUUCUCUGUCAUUUUUAGAAGAAGGAGGAGGAUGCCUGGUUUCAUCCUGAUCUCUGAAAUCAAUGAGAGCUUUGUCAUGGAUUCUGCCAAAGAAGAGGAUUUAAUACAAUAAUCAGGCAGGGCAAAAUUAGUAGCUUGUAAUCUUAGAGUGUUUAUUUGCAGUGAUACUUAAUGGAUUUCUUUCUCGUCUGUUUCAGCAGAACGAACGUGUUUACCUUGGAGCUACCGAUACUGGUGAUCUGAGAUUUCGGCUCUUCCCCCGCUGUUCAAGCAAGCACCAGAAAAAUGAAUAUCCAGGGGAAGGGCUUCCCUCUGGACCUCGGAGGAAGCUUCACUGAAGAUGCUCCAAGGCCACCGGUCCCUGGUGAGGAGGGUGAGCUUGUGUCCACAGAUCCAAGGCCAGUCAGCCACGGUUUCUACUCCAGUAAAAGUGAUGUUGUUAGAAAUGAGACCUCCACCGCAACACCGAGGCGCUCCGAUUUGGAUUUGGGGUAUGAACCUGAGGGGAGUGCUUCGCCAACUCCACCCUACCUGAAGUGGGCCGAGUCGCUGCACUCCUUGCUCGAUGAUCAAGACGGUAUCAAUCUCUUCAGGACUUUCCUGAAACAGGAGGACUGUGCGGAUCUGCUGGACUUCUGGUUUGCCUGCAGUGGCUUCAGGAAGCUGGAGCCGUGCGUGUCCAAUGAGGAAAAAAGACUCAAACUGGCAAAAGCCAUUUACAAAAAGUACAUUCUCGACAACAACGGCAUUGUGUCCCGGCAGAUCAAACCAGCCACAAAAAGCUUCAUAAAAGACUGUGUCAUGAAACUGCAGAUUGACCCUGACAUGUUUGACCAGGCCCAAACUGAGAUUCAGUGCAUGAUAGAAGACAAUACCUACCCUUUGUUCCUUAAGUCAGAUAUUUAUUUGGAAUACACAAGGACAGGUGGGGAAAGUCCAAAAAUUUAUAGCGAUCCGAGCUCAGGGUCUGGGACAGGUAAAGGGCUACCUGGUUAUCUGCCUACUCUGAAUGAGGACGAGGAGUGGAAAUGUGACCAAGACACCGAGCCUGAGGCCAGCAGGGACUCUGCGCCCUCAAGCAGGCUCACCCAGAAGCUGCUUUUGGAGACUGCAACCCAGCGUGCCACCUCGACCCGGCGGUACAGCGAGGGCAGAGAGUUCAGGCAUGGGUCAUGGAGAGAACCUGUUAACCCUUACUAUGUCAACACGGGAUAUGCCAUGGCACCAGCCACCAGUGCCAACGACAGCGAGCAGCAGAGCAUGUCCAGUGAUGCAGAUACAAUGUCGCUGACAGACAGCAGCAUAGAUGGGAUCCCGCCGUACAGACUCCGGAAACAGCAUCGCAGAGAGAUGCAGGAAAGUGCCAAAGCAAAUGGACGUGUGCCACUACCUCACAUUCCUCGUACAUAUCGAAUGCCAAAGGAUAUCCACGUUGAACCAGAAAAGUUUGCUGCAGAACUGAUCAAUCGUUUGGAAGAAGUACAGAAGGAACGUGAAGCAGAGGAGAAGUUGGAGGAGCGCCUUAAACGCGUGCGAGCGGAAGAAGAAGGCGAGGAUGCAGAUAUCUCUUCUGGUCCUUCAGUCAUUAGCCACAAGAUGCCUUCCGCCCAACCCUUUCAUCACUUUGCUCCCCGCUACUCUGAGAUGGGCUGUGCUGGGAUGCAGAUGAGAGAUGCACAUGAGGAAAACCCAGAAAGCAUCCUGGAUGAACACGUGCAGCGUGUGAUGAAAACACCGGGCUGUCAGUCUCCAGGACCUGGCCGCCACUCUCCCAAGCCACGGUCUCCAGAAAGCGGCCAUCUAGGAAAGCUGUCAGGGACACUAGGAACAAUUCCUCCAGGGCACGGCAAACACACGACGAAAUCAGGAAUGAAACUGGAUGCAGCUAACUUAUACCACCAUAAACACGUCUACCACCACAUCCAUCACCACAGCAUGAUGAAACCAAAAGAGCAAAUUGAGGCCGAGGCCACGCAGAGAGUGCAGAACAGCUUUGCUUGGAAUGUAGAUUCACAUAACUAUGCAACAAAGUCACGAAACUACUCUGAGAACUUGGGCAUGGCCCCUGUCCCCAUGGACUCUUUAGGCUACAGUGGGAAAGCAAGUCUGCUCUCAAAAAGAAAUAUUAAGAAGACCGAUUCAGGGAAAAGUGAUGGUGCCAACUAUGAGAUGCCAGGAUCUCCUGAAGACGUGGAGAGAAACCAGAAGAUCCUUCAGUGGAUCAUAGAAGGAGAGAAGGAGAUCAGCAGGCAUAAGAAAACAAACCAUGGUUCUUCAGGUGCUAAGAAGCAGCUGUCCCAUGAUAUGGUCCGACCCCUCUCCAUCGAGCGGCCUGUUGCAGUGCAUCCGUGGGUCAGUGCCCAGCUCCGGAACGUCGUCCAGCCUUCACACCCUUUCAUCCAAGAUCCUACCAUGCCGCCCAAUCCAGCACCCAACCCACUCACCCAGCUGGAGGAAGCUCGCAGGAGGUUGGAGGAGGAGGAAAAGAGAGCUGGGAAACUCCCCCUGAAACAAAGGUUGAAGCCCCAGAAGAGACCGGGCAGCGGUGCAUCCCAGCCAUGUGAGAACAUCGUGGUUGCUUACUACUUCUGCGGAGAGCCCAUCCCUUACCGCACCCUCGUCAAAGGGCGCGUGGUGACACUGGGACAGUUCAAGGAGCUGCUGACCAAGAAAGGGAACUACAGGUAUUACUUCAAGAAAGUGAGUGAUGAGUUCGACUGCGGUGUGGUCUUCGAGGAGGUGCGGGAGGAUGACACCAUCCUGCCCAUCUUCGAAGAGAAGAUCAUCGGCAAGGUGGAGAAGAUCGACUAGGCUCCGAGGCUGCAGAGGCUCUGAGGAAAGGGCUGUGAAAGACUCUGGGACUGGAGGAGAAGGUCUGGGGCAGACGCUGGCGGUGCUACUCCAGGAGGCGCUGGGUGAGCCCAGGGCACGGCCUGCUCUGUGCCAGGACCUGGGCAAGCUCCCUUGUGCCAGUGGAAGUCGUUUCACCCCACAAACCUGCCAGUGGGAGCCUGGGCUCCCUCUCCAUACCGAAUAUAAGUGUAAUGUAGCAUUGUACAGUGCAUUAGAAAGUGUAAAAUGAACUUGUUUACUAAAGCUGCAUAUUUUUGAUAUAUUGUAAUAAAAGGAAAAUAUUUCCAAUGUCACAGUGCUCUUAUGUAAAUGUAAAACGUACAGGUACUGCAGAACUCACCCAAAGUGUACAGCCAUCCGUCAGACUCCGUGUGGUCCUCGCUUUCACGGCACCCUUCCCUGUCCCCUCGGUGUGGAUGGCUCUGAGCAACGCCGGGGCUGUCCCCGCUGCUGUGGAAGUCGCUGCUGCGCUCAGAGGGGCCCUCCGCUGCGGCUCUGCACACCUCUGGAGAUAACUGAGCCAUUCGGAACGAGCUGGGCUCUUGCCUCCCUGGCAGUCGCAGCUACAGGACCUGGUAGGGUGGUUUUUCUCCUGAGCUUUCUUGCGACCCCAAGGGAAGGGAGGGUGGCUGCCAGUUCUCGGCGCUGCGGGCUUCCCAUGGUGCCUUCUACCAGAGCCACGGGACGGGGCAGGCCACCAGGGAGGGGCAGCUGCUGCUCCGCGCUGUGGGGCUGGGCGCUGCCGUCCUGUGCCCCGUGCUUGUCCCCCACGUGUGCCUGCUCCUGGGGCAGAGCUUGCUUCAUGGAGGGUGCUGCACCUGUGCGCAGGCCCCCGGUGCCAAGGCUGGGCUUUGGUCGGGGGAGUUGCCUUAGGAGAGAGGUAGUAUGGGGAGGAAACCAAUUAGACACUUUCAGUCUGAGGACAGAAACCAUCAUGUUAUGAGUCCCGUGUCUUCUGUCAGGUUCUGUGUCUCGGGAGGCAGCGUGAGGGCACUGCGGGCUGAAGCCAGUAGCAAAGGAGUCGUGGGGCUGUUGUACGGCCAGGUCCCCCACAUGCUGCAGUCACUGUAAGGGGCAGCUCCUGGAGUACAGAUGGGGCUGAGCGCAGCUCCGUGGGGUUCCUCAGCCACCAGAAAGUGGGGGGCUGUGCUGGUGCUCCCCUUGCCCUCAGCCCCGCCCUUCCCACCAGCCCAGGCCGUGCUCUGUGCCCCAGCAGCCGCAGCUCUGCUCUGGCCCUUGAGCAAACCCAGCCCCUGUGCCCCCAGCGCCAGCUCCUCGGGGGUCCCACAUCAGCACUUGCCCUGCCCGCCCACAUGCCCCAUUGCUGCUGCUGCUGCAGCACGUCGGGGCCCGACUCGGCUGCCUGCGGGGCUGGGGGCGAGUGGCGCUGCGUGGGGACAGCUCGGCCUCUUGUACAUGUCACCGAGUGCCUUUAAACAUGGUUCUGUGACUUGCCUAUCACUAUGUGAAGUCCAGCAAAAUCUGCAAUCGUUUUCAGCCAGGGAACAGUGUUACGAACGCCUUUCCUCCCUCUUUUUUAAGUUCUGGUGGUGGUGUGUCUGGUGAGGUUGUUACCAUGCCUGGGAUUUCCGUCUCCCCCUUUUUUUCUCAGGGGGUUCCCUGUAAAUAUGUACAUUUGCCGAGCGCAGCGUCCUCCAGCGGCUUUGCAGCCCUGGUGAUGUCUCCUGUGCAUCCUCAUGUGCUGACUUGUACAAUGAUCUUUUCAAAGGUACUUGGAUAAAAUGAAAUAAAACCCAGCAUCCUGGUG